AUCCUCUACCCAUCUUCAUACUCAACCCACCCUCAACCAUGGACUACGACAGAAACCGCUCGCGAUCCCACCGCGAACGGUCACCGCGGGACAGAGAACGAGAACGAGACCGCGACCGCGACUCCCAUCGCUCCUACCGCGAUCGCUCGGCUUCCCCCCGGGCGCACUCUAGACACGAUACCUCUGCUGAGGCAAAGAAGAGGGAUGCCAUCGCUGCUGCUGCUGCUGCCGCGGAGAAGAUCAACGCGCAGCUACAAGCAAAGCUCGGCGGUGCGGCCCCGUCUGCAUCGACUCCAUCAUCUACUCCUGCUCCUGCUCCUUCUGGUCCGAUCCGAGCUACAGAAGAGACCAUGAUUGACGAAGGAGACUUUAUUCGCGACAUUGAAAUCAACCACCUGAGGAAUCGGUAUACCCUAACCAAAGGCCAGACGCAGGCCAUGAUCAAGACCGAGACCGGAGCAGACGUGACCACUCGUGGACGAUACUACCCCGACCCCUCGAUGGCGACCGAGAAAGAACCAGCGCUCUACCUCCACAUCACCGCCCAAUCAAACGAAGCGCUCGAGAAAGCCGUCGGGCUUAUAGAAGACCUCAUGAAGCGCGACAACAUGCCCCCGCGCAGAGACCCUUCUGCAGAGUCCGGAACUCCCCCGGCUGCUCCCUCUGGUCCUUCUUACUCCAACCAGCACGGUCCUCCUGCUCAUCAGCAGUACCACCAGGACGACCGCCCGGGACAACAGCGUUUCUUCAACGACCGACCCCGCGGCGAAUACAGACCUCGCCAACCCUGGAUCGAAGCCAAAGUCCCGAUCGGAAUCGACUACAUCGGCCCCGGCUUCAGCGUGCGCGGCAACAUCGUCGGCGCGCAGGGCUCCAACGUCAAGCACAUCCAGGCCGAGACCAGCUGUCGCGUGCAGAUCAAGGGCCGCGGAUCCCAGUUCAUCGAGCAGUCCACCGGCCGCGAGAGCGACGAACCGGUCUUCCUUCAUAUUCUUGGCCGUGACCAAGAAAGCGUCGACAGAGCAGUCGGUCUAGCUCAAGAUCUAGUCAAGACCGUCAACGAGGACUACCUCACCUUCAAAGCCAACCCGCGACCCCAGCAACGUCGCUACGACGACGGCGGCGGCGGCUACAACAACAACCGCGGACCCCGCGAUGGCGGCCGUCGCGAUGAUCGAUACGGCGGCGGCGGCGGUGGGUAUAACAGCGGCGGAUACGGCGGCGGGGGAAGAGAUGACCGAGGAGCUCCUCGACAACAGUCUCCUGACCACGCGGCCGAGGCAGCUGCUGAUGCUUCAGCCAGCCAGCAGCCGGAUUACACUGCAUACUACGCCGCUGUUGCAGCGGGCCAGGACCCGUAUGCGGCUUAUGGAGGGUACGCGGCCUAUGUGCAGUAUUAUCAGCAGUAUUAUGAACAAUAUUACGCGCAGCAGGCCGCGGCGGGUCAAGCACCUGCGGAUGCUGCCUCUGCGUCCGCUCCUGCCUCUGCACCUCCUGGUAUGCCAGCCACGAGUGCCGGCGCCGGUGCCGGUGCUCCAGGCGCUCCUCCCGGUGUUCCUGGCGCCCCUGGCGCCCCAGCGUCUUUCGGCGCCCCGCCCGGCGUUCCAGGUACAGGAGCUCCAGGGGCUCCCGGCGCUCCUCCAGGAACAGCAGCAUACCCGCCACCUCCGCCCGGAGCAUAACCAUAUUCCAGUACGUUCUGCGCCGUCCAGUACAUUUCACGACAGGGUAGGGCCCUCUUCUUUGUGUGUGUGUGUGGGUUUACAAAAACGGGGUUUGAAAAGUGUAGAAAAGGUCUUGGACGGAGAUGCUUUAGUGAUUGAGGUUUGUCUGUGUUUUGUAUAGUAUUGAUAGUUUGUGUGUUUGCGUUUAUGUUUGUAUUUGUGUUUGUGUUUGUGUUUGUAGUGUACGUUUCAAUACACUUAUCUCCCACGCCCUUGUCGGUGGUUUAUCUGUUUAGCAUACGCUAUGUAAGUUGAGCAUUUACAUCUUCGUGUCUCCUUUUUUCUAGUCUUUUCUGGUUCUUUUUCUUUUUCUAGUUCUUUUUCUGGUUCUUUCUGGUUCUUUUGCGGAGGAGAGAGGGAGAGAGGGAGAGGAGGGAGGAUGAGUGGGUGUGAUGAGGAGAGGAGAAAGGAGAAUAGA